AGAAAGCUAUCCAAAUAAUCUUGAAAAUAUUUUAAAUCGAUCGUACUUGAUAUAUAGACGGGACACUAAUCAGUUAUUUAUAAUAUAUUAUUUCUGCAUGGUACUUUAAUAAUGUAUGACAAACCAGCAAUAAUUACAUUUGUCCUGCUAUUAGCAGGAACAGAAGGUUUUCCAUCUGAAAACAAUCGAAAGCUCUCUGAAGCAAACUGUGGAUACCAGUCAUGCACACCAGUUAAAGAAGGUUACACUAAUAUUCAUAUAGUAGCACACACCCACGAUGACGUUGGUUGGUUAAAAACAGUUGAUCAGUAUUACUAUGGGAGUAACUCGAAUACCCAAAAAGCUGGUGUCCAGUAUAUUCUACAAACUGUAAUGGAUUCGUUAAAGAGAAAUGCUGAUAGAAAGUUUAUCUAUGUAGAAACUGCAUUUUUCUGGAAAUGGUGGAUUAAACAAAGUGACAGCAUGAAACAAGAAGUCAUAAAUUACGUUAAUAAUGGACAACUGGAAUUUAUUAGUGGAGGAUGGAGUAUGAACGAUGAAGCUGCUACACAUUAUCAUUCUAUUAUCGACCAAAUGACUUGGGGUCUAAGGAGACUUAAUGACACUUUUGGUUCAUGUGGAAGACCGAAAAUCGGAUGGCAGAUUGAUCCAUUCGGCCACAGCAAAGAAAUGGCUAAUAUUUUUGCCCAGCUGGGUUUUGACGGUUACCUUGUAGGUAGAAUCGAUUAUCAAGACAAAGAAUACAGAUGGAAAACUAAAACACCCGAAGUAGUUUGGAGAGGUAGUAAAAGUUUAGGCGAAUCAAGCGAUAUCUUCACUGGUGUUUUAUACAAAGAAUAUGGGCCUCCUUCAGGAUUCUGCUUUGACAUUCUUUGUAACGAUUUGCCCUUCAUCGACGAUCCAGACAGCUUCGAAUAUAACGUAGACGACAGGGUUGAUGAAUUUCUUAAAUACGUAAAUGAUUCCACUCAAAUUUAUACUACAAGCAACUACAUUAUGACCAUGGGUGGCGACUUUAAUUACCAAGAUGCAGAAGCUUGGUUCGUCAAUUUGGACAAACUUAUCUAUUACGUUAACAAACGCCAAGAGAGCGGAUCAAAAUUCAAUUUAAUAUAUUCCACUCCAUCGUGUUAUGUAAAAGCUGUAAACAACGAAACUCAGGACAAAAACUGGGUACUUAAAGAUGACGAUUUUUUCCCAUACGGAUCAGACAAGCACUCAUAUUGGACCGGAUAUUUUACAUCUAGACCAGCUGUCAAACGAUUUGAAAGACUCGGCAACAAUUUCCUUCAAGUUUGUAAACAACUUUCUGCCUUAGCAAACGUAGGUGAGAGCACAAGCUUAGACAACUUGAGGGAAGUAAUGGGUGUGUUGCAACAUCACGAUGCUGUGUCUGGAACAGAGAAACAACACGUUGCCAAGGAUUAUGCUAGACAGUUGCAAAGAGCAAUCGACGGAUGUGAAAACAUAACAAAUACUGCAUUAAAUAAAUUAUUCAAUAAUGAAACAUCGAAAUCAGAAAGUGGAUAUACUAAUACAGUUCCAUUAAAAACUUGCCCGUUAGCAAAUAUAAGUCAAUGUGUUACAACAGAAAAUGCUGAUAUCUUUGUGGUUACUCUUUAUAAUCCUUUAAGCAGAUCUGUAGAUAAAUUAGUAAAGUUACCUGUAAAGGGAGAAGGCUAUAAUGUAACAGAUAAACAAGGAAAUACAUACGUAAAUGAACUUUUACCAAUACCAGAUUUUGUAAAGAAUAUUCCCGGCAGAAACAGCAGUGCAAAUUACGAUCUCUAUUUUGUGGCAAAAAAUGUACCUGCUCUUGGAUGGAAAUCCUUUAUAAUUUCCUUAGACAAUUCGUCUAGUUUAAAACCAGUACACUCAACUAAAUCAGCUAGUUUUCUAACAGUUGAUGAUUCCACCGCAUCAUUCGUUAUUAAUGAUGACACAGGAUUAGUAGAAAAAAUGUCACUAAAUAAUAUAUCAGUUGCUCUAAAUCAAAACUUCUACUAUUACAAGGGCUUCGUGGCAGAUAAUGGAGAUUCUGAAAAAAGAUCAUCGGGAGCUUACGUUUUCAGGCCUGACGGGAACAUUAACAAAACUAAUGAUACAGCCGAACUUAAUUUAUUUGAAGGUUCCCUAGUAUCAGAAGCAAGGCAGAAUUUUAACGAGUACAUCAGUCAAACCGUCAGAGUCAACAAAAUUGAAAACUACAUUGAGUUCGAUUGGGUUAUUGGACCGAUACCUGCUAGUGGUCCCAAUGGAAUAGAAGUAGUAACGAGAUACUCAACUAAGUUAGCAACGGAUUCUGUCUUUUACACUGACUCAAACGGAAAGGAAAUGCUGAAAAGAGUCAGAGAUUACAGACCAACCUGGCAACUGAACAAUUCAGAACCAGCGGCUGGUAAUUAUUACCCAAUAACAGCAAAAAUCGCUAUUAGAGAUGAGGUGCAAGGUAUAGAAUUAGCAGUACUAAAUGACAGAGCUCAAGGAGGAGGCAGUUUGAAUGAUGGAGAAAUCGAAAUAAUGAUUCAUAGAAACUGUCUUCACGAUGACGGAUUUGGCGUUGGAGAAGCUUUAAAUGAAACAGCUUUCGAUAAAGGAUUAGUUAUCAGAGGAUCCCAUUUUCUUACUGUGGGUAACUUGAACGACCAAAACGGUAACUCAAUUUCGGCAAUAGCCAAAGAUAUUGCACAAAGGAAGCUAUUAGAUACCUGGACUUUUGUUACACCUCUUGAGGGUAACGCAGAUGAAUAUAAAUCCAAAUAUAUUAUGGAGUACUCUGGAUUACGUAGUGCGUUACCUAAAAAUGUCCAAAUACUCACUCUAGAACCGUGGAAGGACUCUACUUUCCUUUUUAGGUUAGAACACUUAUUUGAUUAUGACGAAGAUUCCCUUCUAUCUCAACCCGCUUUGGUAAACUUAACGGAAUUGUUUACAGGUUUCGACAUUGUAUCUUUGGAGGAAACAACUUUAGGUGCAAAUCAAUGGCUUAAAGAUAGUGAUCGAUUGAAAUUUAGAACCAACAGCACAUUGGAGCAACUCCUUUAUGAAGAUUAUAAUACGAAUAUUGAAUAUGCAAAUGUUGUUAAGAAUACAUGGAUAGAAACACCAAAAAUCAAACAAAAGUCGACAUUAAAAGAUAACUUAGACGGGCUCGAAAUAACUUUGAAUCCUAGUGAUAUUCGUACUUUUAUUAUUGGUAUUAGAAGAUUUUGAAUUGUGUAACUACGGCAUAGAAUUAUAAAUGCAUAUUAAAAAUCAAAUCA